AUGAAGGUGGCGGUUCUGUGUUUCUGCCUUAUCAGCAUCACUGCUGCAUGGCCAGUGAGUAAAUCCAAGCAGCAUGCCAUUUCUACGAGUUCUGAAGAAAAAUAUGACCCCAGGGGCCAUCACUCACACAGAUACCAUCACGACCACCACGACGUGAAUUCUCAGUCUUGGGAGAGUCUGCAGCACCCACAGAAUGACCUGGCGUCACCUCAGCAGACUCUUUACUCUUCAGAAGAAAGCGCAGGUGUCCCAGUACAACCGCACUUUCCUGAAGUGUCAAGCAAGAGCCAUGAAGAUGUGGAUGAUGACAACGAUGAUAAUGAUUCCAAUGACACGGAUGAAUCCGAUGAGGUUGUCACGAGUUUUCCCACAGACAUUCCAGUAACUGUACCCUUCCCUCCUUUCCCUUUCACCCGGGGAGACAACGCUGGCAGAGGCGACAGCGUGGCUUACAGGAUGAGAGCAAAAGCCACUGCAGUGAAGGCUAGCAAACUCCACAAAGUGGCAAAAAAGCUCAUUUUGUAUGAUGCCACCAACGAGGAUGAGGGUGACCUGGAUGCAGACAGCCAGCAAGCAGGGCUCUCCCAGGAGGAUUCUGCUGCUGCCCAUCUCUCCCUGGCGAAGCAUGCCAUCAGCAGGGAAUGGGCUGACAAGAGCCACAGGCAGGACAGCAGCGAGCUGGACAGCAAGCAGCGUGACCGGAGCAUGGAAAACGACAGCCGGCAGAAAUUCGAUAGCCACGAGGCUGAAGAUGAUAGCAAGGCUGGUGUCAGAGGGGAUAGCCACCAGAGCACGGAAAGCAAGGAGAGUCAGGUCCGCGUUUCAGCCGAGAUCCCCGACGAUAACAGCAAUCAAACGUUGGAGAGUGCAGAGGAUGCUCAAGAUCGUCACAGCAUCGAAAAUAACGAAGUCACCCAUUAA